CUGCAAAGUUACAGUGGGACACAGAGCCCCGUAACCGACCCAGACAGCCAUUAAGCCAGGAGGAUUGCAAAACCCUUUCGUGCACCAUUCUCUCGGGAUGGAAGAUAUAGCGCAUAUAGUGGAGACGACAGCAACAUCACUUUGUGGAUGGUCAAAGAUAUAGCUCCUUGCUUCAAGGUGACAACCUACACAGCAGAGCACUUCACCAAGUCGCCGCCGCCGUCUUGCCUUGACGUUGACGCUACAAAUCCUCUCACAGAAGAUUUAGAGAGAGGGGGAGAAGAUCCAUACAGCGACUUUUUUCAGUCUUAUCAUACUUCGGCACAGUCUGGUCCCUCUCCUCGUUCCCAGCGUCCUCAGGCUUCCUCCACUCGCCGCCUUUGGAACUUCUUCAUCCCCUCUCGAUGUCGCCCUGCAGCAAGGGGGUCCAUUGCGAUGCAACAACACCCCAAACGCAAGCUCUUUGCACGACACACUGGCCCGCAGCCCGUAACAACCUCUUCCGGAAGAAAAAAAGCUCAGACUGGUCAGUCGCCCUCAGCAGUAGCUCAGCCUGCAUCGCAGCCACAUUCGACCCCUCAGCCUCAGCCUCAGGCACAGACGGCGGCACAACAACCUACUCAAGAAGAAACUAUGGUUCUUGAUGCAAUUUUUGCCUCGCACUUUGGUGUAUCCCACGCUGAACUCGUCCCGCUGUCUCUGCUGCUCAGCCUGCUGCCCAGUGAUAUAAUUCUUCUCCAGCAGUCGAGGACUCGUGGACCUUCAACGGUCUGUCUUCUCUCCUCUCGAACAGACCGCGUACCUGGGCUAAUUGGCAAUGCGGGCGACGCAAAGUGCCGCUACCUCUACCAAUGCGCUCGGACUUACAUCCAGGAAUCACAUCUGAAUUUCUGGAGAUCGGUCGAGAACUUUAUCGAGUUCGUGCUCACGCACCCGAACGGUUGGGAAGGUCAACAACAGGAGGAGCAAUCUCACGUGCACCUCUUGACUGAUGGUGAUGUAAGUCUUCAUUUCUGUUUUACCAGCAUGAUUGCGUCGCAUAUUUUCUCUAAAAACCUUAUAGAGGUGUCAGAUUACUCGGACGAUGAGGAAGAUCAAUCUGACAGCCAAGGAAUCAUUGUUGUUGAUCCCGGAGGCGGAACUACCGAUCUCAGUGCCUACUCGAUGAAGUUAUCUCCGACUUCGUUCGAGGAGAUUGCCCCAGCUGAAUGUGAAUUCCGCUUUCCUGCGUUAUUAACGGCGUAUAGCUUGUUGAAAUGCUAUGCUGUAUCCCUCAAAACAUAUUCUAAAUACUCCAAAUAG